CUGACUAAACGUUACGAGUAAAAUAUCAUUAACAUAAAGUAAAGUAAAAUGGUAUUAUUGGCUUUGCUUUACUUUUGGCGUGGAAAGCUUUCGUAAUUUGUACAGUCUGCUCUCCUUUGUGUUGCUUUUCGAAAAUUUCCACGAAAAAUCUCAACUUUCCCACAACCAGAUCUUGAAUUUGAACUAUGUAAAGAAACGUCUCUCUGACUGAUUCAGAGACUUCAGAGUUUCGUGAUGUUGGUGCAGAGGAGAGUAAUGAGAUGGAAAAUAAUUUGGAAGUCGUUUCAAGCGGUCUCCGCCAAUGGUUUCAUCUUCUCUUUCACGCUUCUUCUUGCUCUCAAGCUUGAUCAUCUCCUUUCUCACUCAUGGUGGUUUGUAUUUACACCCUUGUGGUGGCUGUGUCAUGCUAUCAUUUCGCGUGGUAGAUGCUCGUUGCCUUCUCCACCGAUGCCUCAUGAUGAGAAUUGGACUCCUUUUCAAUAUGUCAUGGCAACGCCACUGCUUGUUGCUUUUGAGAUCCUUCUCUUUCUACAUCUUGAAGAUAAAUAUGAUGACUUAAAGUUUGUCUUCUUACCCUUGCUUGCAUUCGAGGUAGCUAUCUUGGUAUAUAACGUCAGAAAGUGCUUGACAUGCAUGCCUAGAUAUGAAGAAACUAUGAGUGAGGAACCACUUCUCUACACAUGGGUUUCCAUAUGGAUGGUUUCCUUAAUUGCAACCAUAACGUUCACUCUUCUUAAAUCACGAGGUGAUGUAGCUGCGUGGGAAUGGUGGAACUUAUCUAUAAUCUUUGGCAUAUCAGAGUGCUUUGGCUUUCUUGUCACAAAGUGGAGGAAUCAGUCAAUCCAUAGGUCUUCACAUAUACCUAGCUCAUCGUCAGUGGGAGUAAGAUAUCGGAAUGAGGACAGCAACAGAGAAUGCGACAUCCUUGAUAUUGGUGGAUAUGUAAUGAAAAUUCCAUUCAUUACCUUUCAAAUCAUCCUUUUCUUGAGCUUAGAGGGAACAUCUGCUUCUCCCAAGAACAUUCCGAUUGUAGUUCUGUUUGUACCUCUUUUUCUGCUACAAGGAGCUAGGGUGCUUUUUAUUACAUAUAUUUCGCUGGCGAAAUCUAUCUUGUGGAUUUAUAGUGUUGGUGGUCCUUAUGGAAGGUCUUUUGCCAGAUCAUCGUCUAGUGUAUUCCUGAGAUUUUUUCAACAUGGUAGAAGGUUUGUGGAGAAAUCUGUAUUGUGGAUUUAUAGUGUUGGUGUUUCUUGUGGAAGAUAUUUUGCGGCAUCAACAGCUCGUAUAUUCCGGGGUUUCUUUCAACAUGGUGUAAGAUUACUUGGCUGCUGGUCUGUCGAUGAAGGAAGUCAGGAGGAACAAGCUAGGCUCUACACUGGAGAAGCUACUGGAUACAACACAUUCUCACCAGAAGUUGUGAAGAAAAUGCCAAAGUCUGAUCUUGUUGAAGAGGUACGUAGACUACAAGCUGCAUUGAGUGAGCAAACAGAUAUCAGCAAGCAGGAGUACGAAAAGCUUCAAGACGAGAAGAUUCUUUGCAAAGUUUGCAUUGUAGAGCCGAUCGACGUGGUUCUACUCCCAUGUAAACAUCGCGCCCUCUGCAGCACAUGCUACAAAAAAUGCGAGAUCUGUCCGAUUUGUCGUUCUUUGAUUGAGGAAGGUAUGCAUGUAUACGAUGCGUAGAUUUCAGACGAGUAGGUAUGCAUGUAUUUUUUGGUGUAUGUUAUGACUUGCAACGGAGAAUCCGAUUACUUUUGUAGAUAAAUAUUGUAAUCCAUCGUCAACCUAAUUUUGUUUAUAUUGUAAUACAAGCACGUGCACGUUUAAGGCCAAAAUGAUCGGAGGUAAAUGUAAGCGGUUUCACACUUUCUGUA